UCACGUGUCCAUGCCGUGCUGCAAAGCAACAUGUCCAACGUGAGAGUUUGAAUUAUUGUGAUAUUAAUCUGAUUACAAAUUACGAGAUACUGUACAAUUGUAAAAGAUUAUGUCGGGCUUCAAGAUUAAUACGAAGUUCGCAGAAAAAUACGAGAAAUAUCGUCAGAAAGAAGAACUACAGAGACUGAAGGAUCGCUACGGUGACCAAGAUGAGGGGAAUUCAUCAGACUCCUCUGACUCUGACUCUGAUCAGAGUGAAGUGGAGCUGGAUCCAAAGCUAGACAGGGAUUUUUACAGAACGCUGUCACUGCUAAAAAAGAAAGAUCCAAAGAUCUAUCAGAAAGAUGCCAAAUUCUACACUGAAGACACAUCUGAAUCAGGUAGCGAUGAUCAACCAUCCACUUCAAAAAAGUCACAGAAACCCAUGUUCCUAAAGGAUUAUGAAAGGAAAGUCAUACUGGAGCGAGGAGGAAAAUACGAGGAUGAUGAGGAUGACAGUGCUGAUGAAGAAGUCUCCAGAAAGAUGCAGGAGAGAGCUGCAUCUCCCACCUAUAUCCAGGAACAAAAGGAACUACAGGAAAGUUUUCGAAAGUUUGUGCAAGACAGUGAUGAUGAAGACAGUGAUGGUAGCGAACAGCUGCUCACACGGAGAACCAAAACACAAGAGGAGAAGGACAAAGAGGAAGCCGACUAUGUGGAAUGGUUGAAGGGUCAAGCAGACCUGGAGGGGAAGGAAGAAGUUAAGGACAUGAAAUAUCUGCGCGACUACUGGAACAACCCCGAGCUGGAUGAGAAGGAGACUUUCCUGCGAGAUUACGUGUUAAACAAGGGCUACCUGGAGGAGGAUGAAGAAGAUAGGAUCCCCACCUAUAAUGAGCUGAUGCAGGAUGAUGUGGAUGACUCGGAGGAAGAAGGAGAAUCAUUCCUGCAUAAACAGGAAGACUUUGAGAGGCAUUACAACUUCCGCUUUGAGGAGCCUGAUGCUACAAAGAUCAAAACAUAUCCUCGCAACAUCGCCACAUCUGUGCGAAGCAAAGACGACAGAAGAAAGAGAAAGAGGGAGGAGGUGAAAGAGAGGAAGAAAAAGGAGAAGGAACAGAAGCAGCAGCAGCUGAAGGAACUGAAGAACCUGAAGCGAGCAGAAAUCAUGGACAAACUGAAGAAGCUGCAGGAGCUGACAGGAAAUGAGAAACUGGCAUUCAAUGAUGUUGACCUGGAAGGAGACUUUGACCCCCAGGAACACGACCAACUCAUGCAGAAGUUUUUUGGGGAUGAAUACUAUGGAGAGGACGAGGAAGAGAAACCACAGUUUGAUGAUGACGAUGAUUUAGAAGAAAAAUGGAACUGGGACACAUGGGCUGGUAAAGAGGAAAAUGAGGAGGAAUAUGGAGAUGAGGAAUAUUAUGCUGAGGAGGAAGGCUAUGAGCCCACUUGUGAAGAUCCUGACUUUAUAAUGGAUGCUGACUAUGACCCAAGUAAACAGCCCGUUUCUAAAAAGAAGAGAAAGAAAGAGAAACAGGAUAGGAAAAAGAAGACCAAAGAUGACGCCCCUCUAAUGGGAAAGAAGAGGAAGAAGUCCCACUUUGCAGAGGUUAUCACCAAAAACAAGCCAGUCUUUGAUCCAAAGGAGAAAUCCUUUGAGCAGUAUUUGGACGAGUACUAUAAACUGGAUUAUGAGGACAUCAUUGAUGACUUGCCAUGCAGAUUUCGCUACAGAGAGGUUGUGGCGAAUGAUUUCGGUCUGAGCACUGAUGAGAUCCUGAAGGCAGAUGAAAGCGAGUUGAACCGCUGGUGCUCACUGAGGAAGACCUGCAUGUACAGGUCGGAGAGGGAGGAGCUAUCUGAUGUGAAAAACUUCCAGAUCAAAGCACAGAAUAACAAGAAGAAACAGCAAGUGUUUGUGUCUUUGUAUAAUGAGAACGAAGAUCAGGAGGAGCUUAAGGAGCCCAAGGGGAAAGUGGGUAAGAAGAGAAGGGAUCGUCUAAAGAAGACUGAGGCCAAGAUGGAGGAGAGAGAUCAGACAGAAGAUGCACCUGAAAGCGCUGCAGCUGACGGCACAGACCAAGCAGACAUCCAGGACCUCAAAGAAGUCGCUGUACAGGACGAAGGAGAGGAUGACGAGGAGUUCCUGGUUCCUAAGAAAAAGAUGAAGCAGGAAGAGACUGCUGUACCCCAGAAAGAAGAAGUGGCCAAGGAAAGGACUGAAAAAGCUCAAUGGCUUAAAAAGAAAAUGAAGCGCAGAGGUGGACACAUGCCUUCCAGGUCUAUGAUGGUGAAGAUGGCUGGAAAAGAGUUCAGCAGACAGAGACUCCAAGCUUACGGGCUGAAUCCAAAGAGACUCCACUUUAGAGAGCUGUACACACAGAAGAGAAAAGAGCGAGAGAAAAAGGAAAAGCAGAAAAAGAGCAAAGAGUGAUGAUGAAAAUCGAGAGAACUUUUUUUUUUUCCAUGAGGGACCAGAAACCAUUAAAUAACUGUGUUAUAAUUUUAAUACAUUGCUUGAAUCUUGAAAGUUUCUGGUUCAUCUUUGUUUCAUGACUGAAUUUUAUCUAUGUUCUUACAAAAUAAAAAAGAGGAGUUGUAGUAAAAAUAAAUACACUUCUUUCAC